CCCCACAGGCUGUAUUAUAGUUCUCUAACCAGUCCCACAGCAUUGAAUGAUGUCAUGGGAUCAGUUCAGCGAGAUGAAAGGCAUUAAGCGGAACCCGCUGGCACUGGGGAAAACUUCCAACACACAAUCCGUGAGGAGCACAGCUUGAGAACAAAAAAAAAAAAAAAAAAAGGAAAAGGAAAAAAGAAAAGAUCAGCUAGAGACCCAGCUACUCAAUUCCAAGAAAGACGGAUUUUUUCCCUUUCCAAAGAAAAAAGGAAGGAGGCCUUUGAUGUACGGCAACAGAUCACUGAUCAGAUUACAAGCAUUUGGUCUCACUGCUUGUCUGCCUUUGAUGUGUGUGUUUAAUUUCAUUUUCCUGGAUUUAAAGUUUGCCUGGGCUUGUACGUUUAAAAAAAUUGAAAAGAUGAAGGUGUUUAAUAUAGGAGCUCUGGCAGAGUAAAGUUCAGUUGCAGGAAGCGUGGCUGUUGGAUGGGCAUCAGGAUAAUCAGGUCAGUUUCUUUCUUAAAGGAAAAAUGCAUACACAAAAGUUUGAGUGGCAGUAUUUCAUCUUUAGAUUGCUGAUACUUUUGAUAUACGUUGUCCUUGGGAAGGACUUGAUGGAUUGAAAAAAGUGCCAGGUCCAAUUUAAACAUCUGGCAGACUGUGUGACAAAUAGUAGUAAUAAUAAUGGUGCAUCUGACUGACUGCAACAAACCAUAAUAACAUUGUACUGGAAUAUUUACAAAAAAUACUAUUUGCCUGCAAGCAAGUACUGAUGGGACCAAAACAUGACAAAGAAAUAGAAAAUGCAGAAGCUAAAAUGUCCUGGGACAUCAGAAUUCAUAAUACUGCAGACUUAACAACUGUUGAUAAGAAAGACAAAAAACAUGGUAAUACCUGGAAAUUGCAGAAGAGAAGAGAAAGAACUGAAGAAAAUCACAAAAUACAAAAAUCUGCAAAUAAAAGUAAAAUGACUAUGGCAAAAGAAAGCAAAGACAGUGCCAAUAGUACUUGCGUGCAAUCUCAAAACAUCUAGAGCACAACUUCAAUACUAUUGCCAUUGACAAAAAUUACAUCAGCAGUUCCAAGUACAUUUCUGUUCUAUGUAUUUUCUUGGGAGCAAAUUCUGAGCAUGUAUAGGACUAUUCUUCAAAGAUUCAUUUCUUUAAUAAUGUAAUCUUAACAGCCUCCCUCUUGUUUGUAGUUAAAUGUUAUAAUUUGUGAAACUGGAGAGUGCAGAGAGCAGGAGUACAGAGAUUAUGACGGAAACUGUAUAUUGUGUGAACAGUGUGGCCCUGGAAUGGAAUUAUCUAAGGAAUGUGGUUUUGGAUAUGGCGAGGAUGCCCAGUGCAUGACAUGCAGGCCAAACAGAUUCAAAGAGGACCGGGGCUUUCAAAAAUGCAAACAAUGUUUGGACUGUGCUUCAGUAAAUCGAUUUCAGAAAAGCAAUUGUUCUGCCAUUAGCAAUGCUGUUUGUGGAGACUGCUUGCCUGGAUUUUAUAGAAAGACAAAGCUUGGGGGCUUUCAGGAUAUGGAAUGUAUUCCUUGUGGUGAUCCACCUCCUCCUUAUGAACCACACUGCACCACAAAAGUGAAUUUGGUGAAAAUUCCAUCCACUGUUUCCAGUCCACGAGACACUGCGCUCGCUGCUGUGAUAUGCAGUGCACUGGCAACUGUACUUUCAGCGCUCUUCAUCCUGUGUGUUAUCUAUUGCAAGAGACAAUUCAUGGAAAAGAAGCCAAACUGGUCUGUACAAUCACAGGAUGUUCAUUAUGAAGGUUCAGAACUUGCAUGUUUUGAUAGUUCACAGCUUAAUAUAUAUGAACAUAAAACAUGCUGCCAGGGCCAGCAAGAUUCAUUACAGAUGUGUGGCCCAGUGCACUUGAUUCCAUCAUUAUGCUGUGACGAGUCCUGUAGCUUUGAACAUAGUUGUCAUAGCUGUCCUUUUCACUCUCAGUCUACGCUUCAUGAAAGGAAUUCUAAUUCCGUUGGAGAAAUGAUUCCAGCAUUUCUUGGUUCUCUUUCACAUUCCACUUGUGGAGAUCUUUCAGAUGCUUGGCCUCUCAUCCAAAAACCAGGAUAUUGUGAUAGUAUUUCUUUCUCUGAAUCAUACCCUGAACUAGUGGGAGAAGAUGAACAUCUUUUCAUCCCCUUAGAUAUAGAAAGAGACGCUGUGGAUUCAGAUAACAAACAGGAUUUAAAUGUAGUCACAUCUACAAAAUCUCAUUUUGGAAGCUUGACAGAAUCACCUAAACUUUCCAGUAUCACUGCUCCCUUAAAUCAAGUUUUGGCUGCUGAAACAUUCUCAGCAACAGAGUAUGACAGAACAAACUGAUAAACAGGAAUCUGCAUGAGCCUUUCUGGCAGCCCUUAAACUGAGUGCCUUUUUCUAAUGUUUAUGAAUGGAAUGCUGCCUGGAUCUCAGUGGUACUGCUUCAAAAACAGCUGAAAUAAAUUGACAGCAUUUGAAAGCUCUUUGGCAGUUGGAUUUACAAUAAAGCAGCUGUAUGAGAAGAUUUCAAGGAGCAAUGUGGUCAAAGACCAGAGGCAGCUAACUGCGUGUUAUUCCUCAUUCAGACAUAGUUUGAUGGAUUGAACACACAGCUAAGGAGAUUAUGUAAUGAAAAGCGGUAGAAUAGUCUUCUGAGUAUAUGAUCUAACAGCAGAUGUGUGACAGGAAUUUGUCCUUUAUUAUAUUGGCAAAAGGAAGCAUUUGAUAGGAUUUGCAACAAGCUGUGUUGAAUCUCUGUGAAUGUGCCAAGAAUCCUAGCACUGCAAAGAAUCUUUUUUAAGAAAAAUGAACAUUUCUGAUUUGUCUAUACUUAUUUAUUGUGAACUUGGAAACAUCAUCUGCUGUCACAGUUCAGUAUUGUCUAAGUGUUUAUAUGGAAAAACAUAUUGUAGAAAUUGGAAAGCAGUGCUCAAGAGCCUUUUGCACAACUCUUUAUAGGGCAGCUCUCUGAUGUUUAUCUUGAACUAAAUCCUGUUGGGUUCAUUGCUGCCUACUCUGGAGGUAAAAUAACUCCAAUUUUCAAUGAAAUAUUUCUCUUAUAAAUAACUGCUGUUAUAUGCUGGUGUUUGACAGAAUUUCAUAAUUCAGAAAAACACAUUAGAUGUCAUUUAUUUCAGUAAGAAUGUUUUGUUAGUUAUACCGGGCAUUUAUUAUGUCAGUGAAAUUUAAAAUGCUUUUUUAUACAUUUUUUAAAAAAGAAGUUUAAAAUAAAGCCUGAAAUUAUAAAAGUGUUUGGCCCUUUGAUCAGUCUCAGGAUCCUAGGAUUCCUUAAAUUUCUUUAAAAGAAAGAAAAAAAGAAAGAAAUGAACAGAGCCAGAGCAGAAGGCAUCCAGGACCUGAAACUAUCUACCAUUUCCAACCUUUUCCAUGUCACCAACUAGACAAGAAAAAUAUAGAUCAGCAGUGGGACUAUUAAAAAAAAAAUCCCAUUGCUUGAAGAAGUAGGUAGAGAUGUAUAUAUUAGUAAUUAUUUCUGCUCUUUAAAAUAGUAGUCAAGAGAGCAUUAGAAUAGUUCUGCCACUUUGCAAUCCUAUUCCCUCUUACUUGUGGAUAAAAAUCGAAUUCAACAGAAUCUAUUUUCUCAGUAGAAAUGGAUAAAACUGCAGUCUUAAAAGCUACACUUUUAAACCCACCAAUACGUAAUUGAGGGAAUACAAACUUAUAUAUACUUAUUUGAAAUGAAAGGUCCAUGAGAAAGUAGGAUAUAAGGUCAGACAUGCAAGGCAGAUAGGUAUGCAAAGAUCAGGGUACUAUGUUAACAUUAUUAUUGCAAAAUUCAUGUUUAUAUCAUUUUUGCAUGAGGAACCGUAUGUUUAUGUAAACUUUGUAAAUAAACUGACAUGCAUUUCAGUAUUCUGUAAAACAUUUGGUAAAAUAUGUAUAGAAAUUUCACCUAUGAAAGCUCUUUCCUAAAUUAAUUUUGUCAUCUUUAUCCAUUAUCUAUGUUAUCUAUGGACAAUGGUAAUUUUGUAUGUGUAAUUUACACUCUAUAGCAAUGAUGGCGAGCCUUUUAGAGACCAAGUGCCCAAAAUGCAACCCAAAACCCACUUAUGCAUCAUCGGGUGCCGGGUGGGUGUGGCCCAUUGGCUUGGUGUGGCCCAUUGGGUGGGCAUGGCUGCG